AUGCAUCUGAUGAAGGGACUCCUGAUCUUCGCCUGCCUGGCGGCCUUCGCCAGCGCCAAGGCGCAGAACUUCCAGGUCUUCGGCCGCCAAAGGGACGAGCCCGCCGCCCAAGGACGCCUCAGCGCCAGCCAGCUGACCGACAUCCUCAACAGCCUGAAGGGCAGCAGCAGCUCCACCACGGCCGCCCCCACCACCACCACUGUGCCCAGCACUACCACGGUGACGACCUCGCCCACCGGGCCCACCACCUCGACGGGUACCUCCACCAGCACGACCACGCCCACCACCGCCUCACCAACCGGCACCACCUCCACCGGUCGCCAAUUGCAGCCACUCGACGACGACGAGGAGGACGAGGAGGAGCCGCAGCAGGUGCAGCAGCACCGCUUCCAGCUGGAGGACGACGAGGAGGAGGAGGAGCAGCAGCUGGGCCACGCCGCGCGCUCGCAGGCCAGCCGCCGCCGCCAGGUGAACGCCCGCCGGCAGCGCCAGCGGCUGCAGCAGAAGUUCCGCCGCCGCCAGCAGCAGCAGCGCCGUCGCCGCCAGCAGCAGCAGCGCCGUCGCCGCCAGCAGCAGAAGCGUCGCCAGCAGCAGCGCCGCCGCCGCCAGCAGCAGCAGAAGCGCCGCCAGCGCCGCAACCGCCGCUCCAACAUGCGCCUGGUGAGCCGCUUCCGGCAGAGCACCCCCAACCGGAACCGCGUCAUCCGCAUCGCCGCCUGA